UUAACUCUUCAAACUAACCUUUCCGCUUUUUCCUGUAACUUUUCUUCAGCUUUUAUUCCAGCAGAUUGGGUUUUUUUUUUCUUUCCUAUCUCUUUCUCUUUGAUUAAGAAUCCGGUGAUGUAGAAGCAAGUAUUGGAAGCUCAAAUCCAAAUCCAUUGUUUUUGCUUAUUCACUCUGUAGAAAAGAAAAAAAAAAAGUCUUCCAACAAAAUAAUACAGAAGGAUGACACAGAGGGAUCAUGGUCCUGCUUCUCCAUCUACUCCUAGAUUUCGUCAUCGUAGGCGUUCAACUGAGUCUUUUCCGGAUGUACGCAAAUUGAGCGGAAGCUACUUACUCGUUGAUGACGAGAACAAGUACAGAUCAAUGCGGAUCCGCACAGCUUCUACGUUUUGGAUGCUUAUAAGUAUAUUAUUCAUUCUUUACAUGGGUCAUCUUUAUAUCUGUGCCAUGGUGGUUGUCAUCCAAAUAUUCAUGACUGGAGAGCUAUUCAGUUUAUCAAGAAGAGUCAACGAGGAAAGGCAGCUUCCAGGAUUUAGGCUGCUAAACUGGCAUUUCUUCUUCACAGCAAUGCUGCAUGUAUACGGCCGUAUUCUCAGUCAACAUCUUGUAAAAACUGUAACGUCUGAAAGGGCCUUCUAUAAGCUGGUGAACAAGCUUGUAAAAUACCAGAUGGUCAUUUGCUAUUUCUUAUAUAUUGCAGGAGUCGUGUGCUUCAUUCUCACCCUGAAGAAGAAGAUGUACAAAUAUCAGUUUGGUCAGUAUGCCUGGACACACAUGAUCCUCAUUACGGUAUUCAUGCAGUCAUCGUUCACUGUAGCCAACAUUUUUGAAGGAAUAUUCUGGUUCCUUUUGCCUGCAUCACUUAUAGCUAUCAACGAUAUAGCUGCUUAUCUUUUUGGUUUCUUCUUUGGAAGAACACCACUGAUCAAACUUUCUCCAAAAAAGACCUGGGAGGGUUUUAUCGGAGCAUCUGUUGCAACCGUGACAUCAGCAUUUCUGCUUGCAAACAUCAUGGGCCGUUUUCAGUGGCUUACUUGUCCAAGAAAGGAUCUAUCAACCGGUUGGCUCGAGUGUGAACCUGGUCCAUUGUUUAAGCCGGAUUACUAUUCAUUAUUUGGGUUGCUUCCUGAAUGGUUCCCUUGGAAGGAGAUAUCCAUUUUGCCCGUGCAGUGGCAUGCUUUAUGCCUGGGCUUGUUUGCAUCAAUGAUAGCACCUUUUGGAGGUUUCUUUGCGAGUGGAUUCAAGAGAGCUUUUAAGAUCAAGGAUUUUGGUGCCAGCAUUCCUGGACAUGGAGGUUUUACUGAUAGAAUGGACUGCCAGAUGGUGAUGGCCAUAUUUGCUUACAUCUAUUACCAGUCUUUCAUUGCUUCCCAAGACAAUCCUGUCGAGAUGAUCUUGGAUCAGAUUGUACGGCAUCUCAGCUUCGAGGAGCAAAACGCACUCUAUUUGAAGCUCAGUCAGAUAUUCGAGGAGCGGCAGUUUAUCACUUCCUUGAGCAGAUAAUUCUCAGUUUCGCUUGGAUAACAAUUGUUGGCAAUGGCUAUGAAGCAACUUCAAGGUUAUAGGAUUCAAUUUUGAAGAUAGGCAGGUUCCCUAUUUACAGGUUGCAACCAUGGUUUGGAGGAAAGAGAAUAGAGAUUAGAAUGGUGGGAUUGCUGACGUUUUAUUGUAAACUAAGGACAUGGGCAAUCCCGAACCACCCCAAGAACAUGAAACAAACGAAUAACUGUGUGCUACCUUGCACGAGUUGCAAUUUUCUAUCUCGAUCUUUGUCA